AUGGCUUUUGCACCCCUCCUAGCUGUUCUCUUCCUUCUCGCUGUUGUACGCCAGUCCGACGCUGCCCUCACGAAACGAGUGGCAUGCGCCGAUGGUGUCCACACCGCCACCAAUGAGGCCUGUUGCGCCUUAUUCCCCGUUGUAGCAGAUCUCCAAGAGAAUCUGUUUGACGGCGGAGAGUGUGGAGAGGAGGUACACGAGUCGCUUCGUUUGACCUUCCACGAUGCAAUCGGGUUUUCCUUCGCUAAAGGGUUUCCUUUAUCUCGAGUUUUAAAGUUGAUAUACCCUGAUGUUUUGGACAGCGGCGGUGGUGCUGAUGGAUCUAUCGUCACCUUCUCCGACAUUGAGACGGCCUUCCACGCAAACAAUGGAAUCGAUGGAAUUGUGGAAGUACAGAGGCCUUUUAUCAGCACGCACAACAUGACUGCGGGAGACUUUAUCCAGUUGGCUGGUGCAGUUGGAGUGUCCAAUUGUCCGGGUGCUCCGCAAUUGACCUUCUUAUUGGGACGUCCCGAGGCCACUGCCCCCUCGCCAGAUCUACUCGUCCCGGAGCCUUUUGAUACGGUGACAUCCAUUAUUGCGAGGUUUGCUGAUGCAGGGUUUACGUCAUCUGAAAUCAUUGCUCUUCUGUCUUCGCAUUCUGUCGCUGGUGCUGACCACGUAGACCCGACGAUUCCGGGCACUCCCUUUGACUCAACUCCGUCACUCUUCGACACUCAAUUUUUCGUAGAAGUCCAAUUACGGGGAACCGCCUUCCCCGGGACCGGCGGUAAUCAGGGUGAAGCUGAGUCUCCAUUGGCUGGAGAGAUACGAAUUCAAUCAGAUGAGAUGUUGGCUCGAGAUUCUAGGACGUCCUGCGACUGGCAAUCUUUCGCCAAUAAUCAAGCAAAGAUGCAGACAGAUUUCAAGGCCGCUAUGUUGAAGCUUUCUACCCUCGGACAAGACGUGUCUAAGAUGGUGGAUUGCACCGAGGUAAUCCCCAUCCCUCUGGCAGCUGCUGCGAAAGCCGCACACUUGCCUGCUGGAUUGGAUAUGAGUGACAUUGAACAGGCGUGUGCUACUGCCCCGUUCCCCACUCUCACGGCAGAUCCUGGCCCUGUCACCAGUGUUGCUCCAGUCCCACCAUCCUAA